AUGGCGCACAACACAUCGGAAAAGGGCGAUGCGAUAACGCCCACGAAUGAUCGAAGCAGCGGCAGCGGCAUCGACAUUGGGAAGGUGGAGAAUGCGGAUGAUUCCUUUGAGGUGUUCAAGAAGCAGGACGGCGUUGUCGACUUUCGCACCGUCGGCUGGAUUCACGCCUCCGUCAUCUUUCUCAAGGUAAUCUUCGCCACGGGUGUUCUGACCAUCCCCUCCGCCAUGUACGUGCUGGGCGCCCUUCCCGGUGCCAUCAACGUUCUAGGCUGGCAGUUCCUCAACACCUACUGUGCCAUCAUCCAAGGAAACUUCCGAAACUCCCAUGCAGGCUGCCACUCUAUUGCCGACAUGGCCAAUGUUGUCGGUGGACUUUGGUUGAAAGAGGUUGUUGGAGUGUUCUUCCUCGUCACGUAUGCAAUUGUAGGCGCGUCUGGCAUCUUCGGCGCCUCCGUUGGCCUCAAUGCCCUGUCCAACCACGCCAUUUGCACGAACUACUUCAUGCUCGUCGCCACCGCUGCGGUGUUCAUCCUAGCUAGCGCUCGCAAGUUUGAGAAAAUCGCGUGGCUGACAUGGGCUGGAUUCUUGUCUGUGUUCAUUGCCGUUUUUAUCGUCGUCGUUGGUGUUACGCAACUGGACCGACCCGCGGCGGCGCCCCAAGAGGGUGAUUUCGACCUGGGUUAUCAUGUCAUCGGCCACCCUUCUUUCGUUGCCGGCAUCACCUCCGUAGCUACUAUUUUCUGCUCCGGCGCCGGCACGUCGGCCUUCCUUCCCGUCAUCUCUGAGAUGAAGAAGCCUCGCGACUAUAACAAGGCCGUGUACGUCUGCAUGGGUAUCGUGACUGCAUCCUACCUCAGCUUCAGUCUGGUCGUGUACCGAUACUGUGGUCAGUGGGUAGCCUCUCCCUCUCUCGGAAGCGCUGGCUAUGUGGUCAAGAAGGUCGCCUAUGGCAUUGGCCUCAUCGGUCUCCUAGUCAGUGCUUGUCUCUACAUUCAUGUGGCCGCCAAGUACCUCUUCGUCCGUAUCCUGCGCAACUCCAAGCACCUCCAGUCCAACUCCAUCGUGCACUGGUCGGUCUGGCUCUCCUGCACUCUCGGAAUGUCCAUCGUGGCGUUCCUCCUGGCCUCCGGUAUCCCCAUCUUCAACUACCUCCUAGCCCUUGCCGGAAGCCUUACGUUCUCUCCUCUUGCCCUCGGACUACCUGGAUAUCUUUGGAUCUAUGACCAUGGUCAUUAUCGCAAGGGAGGAUUCCUCAAGGCUACGGCGUACUGGCUCAACUGGCUCAUGAUCCUCCUGUCUGUCUUCCUAAUGAUCGGCGGAACAUACGGCGUCAUUCAGCAGGUUAUUGAUGCGUAUGCAAAUGGCGAGAUUAGCUCGGCCUUCUCCUGCGCGGAUAACAGCAAUUCCUCAUAA